GACAGCAGUUUAUUUUCGCCAGCCUGAGCUUUCCGUGUAUGUUUAGCAAGUCGACAACAGGAGGCGCCGCUUAUUUGAGAGACAAACGGAGAGGAAUUCUUGUGAAAUACGGUGGCGAAGCAGGGUUAUGUAGUUUGUCAAGUAGCUUACAAAGUUGUUGCUAAGGGACACGCGAGUCACUCCGCAUUGGCGCGAAACUGGGUUGGGCUGGCGGAUUGAUAUUCAAAUUAACCGUCAGGUGUGCUGUAAAUCUUUCUGGAAUAGCGUCUCAACCAAUCAGAGCUAAAGAAGACGGACUACUUUUUACGGAGGAUAUCAUUGCCUACCUUAGACGCUAUAUCAACCGAAUGAUGGCUACAAGCGGGUGCUAGCUUGCCAAGGCGUGCUGCAUUCACGUAACGCAAACACCGUCGGAGCUUAGUGACUUCUCGAGUGUCCAUGUGUUGUUGUUUUAAAAUGAUGACACAGCUUUGUCAAGGACGCGGUAGUGGGGCAGACCGGCUGUCUCUCAAGCAACGCCAGAGAGUAAAUGUACGCUGAUGGGACCGCGGGUGAGGACGGAGACGCAGGCAGAGGCAGCCAUGAGCCCUCCACGCCGAUCUUCAAGUUCCCAUGGCGACAGCAGCAGGCCAUCUACUGAGACCAUGCAGAGGAACAACAGCAGUAAUUCUGGCGUUAUCUUGGACAUCUCUGCUCUCAAAAUGGCUGAAGUGGAGACUGAGGUGCCUCCUCUUCCACCUCGCUACCGCUUCAGGGACCUCUUGUUGGGGGACCAGACUUUUCAGAAUGAUGACAGGUAUCAGGAGGAGUACAGUAUGGACUCAACCAAUGCCCAGGUGCAGGUUGAGUUCUACGUCAAUGAAAACACCUUCAAGGAGAGGCUGAAGCUUUUCUUCAUCAAAAACCAAAGGUCAAGCUUAAGGAUUCGCCUGUUCAACUUCUCCUUGAAGAUCCUCACCUGCGUCCUUUACAUAGUAAGAGUCAGCCUUCAUGACCCCAUGCAGACCAAUGUUAACCCAUGUGCAAUCAUCCGGAAUUCCAGCUGGCCAAAUUCAGCAGCAGAAUCACCAGAAAUCAACUGGAAGUUAAUUUUCUGGGUUACCAGACCAGAUCCUUUAUGGGGUAUACAGGUUACUGUGGCUUUAAUCAGUUUUUGGGAAACCAUGUUAAUCACAUAUCUCAGCUACAAGGGGAACAUAUGGGAGCAGAUAUUCCAGAUAUCCUUCAUAUUGGAGAUGAUAAAUACGGUGCCAUUUAUUAUCACAAUUUUCUGGGCUCCUUUACGAAACAUAUUUGUUCCCGUUUUUCUUAAUUGCUGGCUAGCCAAAGGAGCCCUGGAAAACAUGAUUAAUGACUUUCACCGUGCCAUUCAGAGAACGCACUCGGCCAUGUUCAACCAGGUGGUCAUCCUCAUCUGCACUUUACUGUGUCUGGUUUUCACUGGAGCUUGUGGCAUCCAGCAUCUAGAGAGAGCUGGAAAGAACCUCAGCCUCUUUGACUCUUUUUACUUCUGCAUUGUGACCUUCUCAACCGUGGGCUACGGAGACGUGACGCCCCAGAUCUGGCCCUCACAGCUACUGGUGGUCAUCCUCAUCUGUGUCGCUCUGGUGGUGCUCCCGCUGCAGUUCGAAGAGCUUGCAUAUCUGUGGAUGGAGAGACAGAAACUCGGCGGAAACUACAGUCGCCACCGAGCACAGACUGAGAAGCAUGUAGUGUUGUGUGUCAGUUCACUGAAGAUAGAUCUUCUGAUGGAUUUUCUGAAUGAGUUCUAUGCGCACCCCAGGUUACAGGAUUAUUACGUGGUGAUCCUGUGCCCAACGGAUAUAGAUAUUCAGGUUCGCCGCAUCCUCCAGAUACCCUUAUGGUCCCAGAGGGUCAUCUACCUUCAGGGGUCCGCACUCAAAGACCAGGACCUGAUGAGGGCCAAAAUGGACGAUGCCGAGGCAUGUUUUAUCCUCAGCAGUAGGAAUGAGGGCGACAGAACUGCUGCAGAUCAUCAGACUAUUUUGAGGGCUUGGGCCGCAAAGGACUUUGCUCCUAACUGUCCACUUUAUGUACAGAUUCUUAAACCGGAGAACAAAUUUCAUGUUAAAUUUGCUGAUCACGUCGUAUGUGAAGAGGAGUUCAAGUACGCCAUGCUCGCAUUGAACUGUGUGUGUCCAGCCAUGUCUACCUUAGUUACUCUCCUUGUUCACACUUCUAGAGGACAGGAGGGACAGUUGUCACCCGAGCAGUGGCAAAGGAUGUACGGACGUUGCUCCGGUAAUGAAGUCUACCACAUUCGAUUGUGUGACAGCAAGUUUUUCGGGGAGUAUGAUGGAAAGAGCUUCACUUACGCCUCCUUUCAUGCUCAUAAGAAGUAUGGCGUGUGCCUGAUUGGCGUCAAGCGGGAAGACAACAAAAGCAUCCUAUUGAACCCCGGGCCGCGUCACAUCAUGGCUGCCACUGACACUUGCUACUACAUCAACAUUACCAAGGAGGAGAACUCAGCCUUCAUCUUCAAACAGGAAGAGAAGCAUAACAAGACUCUGUCCGUUUCUGGUCUUUACGACGCCCCCUCCAGGCUGCCCGUGCAUAGCAUCAUUGCCAGCAUGGUUGAUCAGGCCACUUCGUAUGGCACAGUGGCCUUCGACCUCCAGAACCCGGAUCCUCCCGAAGAAACCAGCAAGCUCACCUUACCGACAGAAAACGGCGCAGGAAGCCGCAGGCCGAGCAUCGCGCCGGUCCUGGAGAUCGCCGACUCUUCUGCCAUUCUGCCGUGCGAUCUCCUCAGCGACCAGUCGGAGGAUGAGACCAACCAAUCGGACGAAGAAGGCUCCGUCGGAUCAGACUUUGUGAAGGGCUACCCUCCCAACUCUCCCUACAUUGGCAGCUCUCCGACACUGUGCCAUCUCCUUCCACAGAAAGCUCCAUUUUGUUGCCUGCGCCUUGACAAGGGCUGCACACACAACAGCUUCGAAGACGCCAAAGCCUACGGUUUCAAGAAUAAGCUGAUUAUAGUGUCUGCUGAGACGGCAGGAAACGGUUUGUACAAUUUCAUCGUCCCCCUGCGAGCGUACUAUAGACCGAGGAAGGAGCUCAAUCCUAUUGUGCUUCUUCUGGACUAUCCGCCAGAUAACCACUUCUUAGAGGCCAUAUGCUGCUUCCCGAUGGUGUACUUCAUGGCCGGCACCAUUGAUAACUUGGACAACCUGCUACAGUGUGGAAUCAUCUAUGCCGACAAUUUAGUAGUUGUGGACAAGGAGAGCACCAUGAGUGCAGAAGAAGACUACAUGGCCGACGCCAAAACCAUCGUCAACGUCCAGACUAUGUUCAGACUGUUCCCGAGCCUUAGCAUCAUCACUGAGCUCACGCAUCCAUCCAACAUGAGGUUCAUGCAGUUCAGAGCCAAGGACUGCUACUCGCUCGCUCUUUCCAAACUGGAAAAGAUAGAACGAGAUAAGGGUUCCAAUCUGGCGUUUAUGUUUCGGUUGCCAUUUGCAGCUGGCCGGGUGUUCAGUAUCAGCAUGCUGGAUACACUGCUCUACCAGUCUUUCGUAAAGGACUACAUGAUAGCCAUAGCAAGGCUUCUUCUCGGUCUGGACACGACACCGGGAUCCGGCUAUUUGUGCGUUAUGAAGAUAACAGAGGAGGACCUUUGGAUCAGAACAUACGGCAGACUGUUCCAAAAACUAUGUUCCUCCAGUGCCGAGAUCCCCAUUGGGAUCUACCGCACAGAGUCGCAUAUGUUCUCCACGUCCGAGUGCAAGGACAGUUAUGUUCAGUCUCAGGUGUCCAUCAAUGUGGAGCAAGGCGAGGAACAGCGUGACCGCAAAGAGUCGUGGAAGGAGAAGACGGCGCACCGGAAUUCCAGCGCCAGUGAGCAGUCGGAGCACCCGCUGCUUAGGAAGAAGAGCAUGCAGUGGGCACGACGGCUAAGCAGGAAGAGCACCAACAAGCCCUCCAGCCGCGCGGAGCGCAUCUCGCAGCAGCGCCUCAACCUGUACCGCCGAUCUGAACGCCAGGAGCUCUCCGAGCUGGUCAAAAACCGCAUGAAACACUUGGGCCUGCCCACUGUUGGAUACGAGGAUGUUUCUAAUCUCACUGCGAGCGAUGUCAUGAAUCGAGUAAAUCUAGGAUAUUUGCAAGAGUUGCAGGACAUAUCAGAGCAGCCGUAUACAGACGGGACCCGGCCGUCAGAUGAGAUGAACGACCACCAGAACACGCUCUCCUACGUCCUCAUCAACCCUCCUCCGGACACCAUGUUGGAGCUCAACGACAUUGUGUACAUUAUUCGGUCUGAUCCGCUAGCGCACAUGCCUGAAGAAUCCCAAGUGGGUCAAAGUCGGAGCACCCGCAACCAGACACGUUAUGUCGCGGAAACGAGAGACGAGACGCACCUAUGAGACACGCGAGAAGAGUGCCUCAUCGUUGUCACGCAACAAGUAAAACCUCAGAGGAACUCUUGUGGAAAGCCCCCCCCCCACCCCCCCCAAAAGAACUGAGACUAAUAUACCCUGCUCAAAAAACGUAUGGGGUGGUCAGCUUUUGGGUCAAAUUUCGUGGUAAACCAAAAAUGUGAAAUGGCAUAACAGAAAAAGUCAAACUUUUAGAAAUGUAUAUUUCCUCAAAUGAUCUCAAAAUAUUUCCUAAUCACUCAUUUCCUAAUCGCUUUCGUUAAUGUCCAUAAACGGAAUCCCCAACUAACCAUUCAAUAAUUACAAGGUAAUAGAGGGAUCAAUUUACGAUGAUUAAAAUUUUUUUUAGCUUGUUUCCAUCUGAAAAUUCCGGCCUCUGACUGGUCUGUUUCGGCCAACUGCCAAACAUACCGUUUCCCAUAAUAUCCACACGUGGAAUCCACAACUAAAAUUUUGCUAAUUUUGUAUAUUCUUACACAUUUUAAUAGUUGUACAGUACAUCGUUAUGAGUUCACAUUUUAGAAAUUUGCAUUUCCCUAUUAAGCAACCUAAGUGUUCAAAAAUAGUGUUUUGUAAAUCCACCAAGAUGUAAAAAAUAUUACAUAACAAUUCCUCAUUUCCUGACUGUUUUUUGUGAUAUCCACAGACAAAAUCCCCAAAUAACCUUUUGCUAACUUUCUAAGUAUUUUAAUGAUUCUAGAUUAUUAUGACUUAAAAGUAGGCAUUGAUUUUAUACGAUAAAAAACAUUAGUUUCUUUAAUUGAAGAUACCAGAUUCUUAUUGGUCUAUUUCGGUCAACUGACCAAUAUGCCGGCCACUGAUUGAUCUAUUAUUAGGCGACAGUGAAAUUGAACUAUCGCAAACUCCACCUCUUAAACGGCCAUCGACCAAUCAUAGGUCACCAAGACUCAUUGUUUUUUGCUCCAAUAUCUCCUUUUCAUGGAGGGGAGUGUUAAAAAAAUAUGAAUAUUUAUUUUUAAUGCACAUAAUUAAUUAUGUUGUGUGUUUUUGAUGCCGUGAACUAUCCACGCUAGCGUUGUGAUCGACGUAAUGGCCACCCCUGGUCGAAUUGAUUGAUUUGGUGGUUUUGGCAUCGCCAACUGCCAUAAAAAUACGAAAAGAAUCAACAAGUUGUGGACGUCUAAAGUGGUAAAGCGAUAUCCCUAUGGAAAAUAUAAAUUGGACACAAGGUACCCCAGGAGAAUAUCAGUAUGAAUGUGGUUCUUUCCCUGCUGAAAAAGCUGAAAAAACAACUGGAUUCCAACAGAUUAAAACGGUGGUCUCCAAACUAAUCCACAUAGGGGCCGCAGUGGGUGCUGGGUUUCACGCCAAUCAAAGGAGAUGAAUACCUUUUCACCAAUGUGGUGUCUUAAAGGUAGGGAUGGGAAUUGAUAAGAUUUUUACGAUUCUGAUUCCAUUAUCGAUAUUGCUUAACGAUUCGAUUCUUUAUCGAUUCUAAUUUGGACUAAUGGACUGUAUGAGGUUCUGGGUUCAAUAUGUUUUAUGUUUCAUUCGCCUCGGGGUGUCGGUUAGAACACAAGGAGCGGAGAGUGGAGUUGGACUUUGGCACUUUUAUACAACUUGGCAACAGGCACAACUAUGUAUAGGCAAUGGCACUUGAUAUGAGAAUCACUCAACGAGCAGGUGGGAGCAAGCGAGAUGUUGAUGUAUUUGUAUGUGUGUGACAGACUGGAAUGUGUGGAUAUAUGUGUGGUUCUGAAAGGAAAGAAAAUUAGUGCUGAUGCAAUAAACAAUGCAAACUGACUGUAAACUAGUCAAUAAUACACAUACAUGACUCGCAGUGUAAUGAACACAAAGGGAGGGUGCGAGUGAGCGCGCACAUCAGGGAAGCACGCUGCGUGCACGUGCGGUCAUCUUGGCCAUAAAACUGGCGAAAACUAAGAUCUGUACACUCAUAUGGAUGUACAACAUUCUCAUAAGAUGCUAAACUAACACAUUCCCUUUUACACAAAUAUGCGACGCAAGUAAUAUACUGGUGGGGGUGCAAGUGCGCACGCACAACCUGCAAGCACGCUGCAUGCACGUGCAGUCAUCUUGGCCAUAAAAGUGGCGAAAACUAAGCACUGUACACUCAUGGAUGUACAACAUUCUCUUAAGAUGCUAACACAUUCCCUCUUAACACAAAUGUGCAACGCGAAUGUAAUGUAAACAACACUCUCCUCGACGAGCGGAGCAACCAGCCGACAGUAAAAACAUGAAACGGUCACGCUGAUAACGGCUCUAAUUUAUCAUAAGAACUUUAUGGCAUGAAGAGGAAAUACUUAUUCGUUCAUGGACGCACAAAAAUUAAUACUUCCUCUAACAGGUGGCCAUCCUCUGCUCGAAAUGGGCACCUAACGUGGUCCCAGAAUACGCAGCGCGCAUGAUGUAGAUAAAUAACAGGAAAUGGACUGGUUGUUAUGGGAACGAACCCAUACCCAUGAAAUCUUUCUAACAGGAGUAUAAAAAUUGCUCAUAAAAUCGUUUAGGAUUAUUUUAGAUGCAUGUAUGUUAUAUUUUUCUAAUAGAGUAUUCGACAAGAAUAUGAUAGACCCAUUAAUAGACUUUUUGGGAAAAAUCACUAUUUCUUUAAGUAGUCUCAUGAAUAAUGACUUAGCCUGUAAAUACACCUACAUUAUCACUAGGCGGCCACACCUCAUGGUACACUUGAUGGGUGGUUAUAUUGUGAGCAUUCAGGUUGUGAUACUUGCUUACUUGUCGGUGUGUAUCUUGCGAAACGUCCGUAACGUUGAUUGUACUGUUAGGAAUCUAUAAGAGAAUUGUCAGAUAAUCUGCCAAACGAUUCCACAGAAUUGAUACACGCUGAACCGAACCGGUUCUCGAUUCCCAUCCCUACUUACAGGUGUAAUCAGUUGAUUGUAGUCAGGGUUUGCUUCUUUUAGCAGGAACCUCAUUGGUGAAAUUGUCUGUGCUGAUCGGUAUCAACAAAAACUAGGACCCACAGCAGUCCAUGAGGACCGGUUUGGUGACCCUGGAAUGAAAUAUUCAGGACGUACGGCGUCAUUCUCAGCUAAAUUUCUCCUAAAUAAACAAGUAUACAUAUGUAUUCUCUUAAGGUAAGCGUAAGCUAACGUCAAAGGCUAACUAGCGAGGAGUCUUGCCUAACUUGCACGUAAGGGCAAGAACAUUCAUAAAACUGGAUAUCACCGUUGUACCGACUGUUAUUGAGUAUUAUAUCUUACUAGGAUGUAGCCUUCAACUGUUUCAUUAGCUAAAGUUGGUUAACAUGUCUUUGGCGCAAUCCGUUCUACGAGUAUGCUAACAUUAAAAGUGAUGCUUCCGCUCUUUAAACAUAGCAUGCCAUGUUUCAAAAACGGUUUUAGUCGCCCUCGCUCACUUGCCCUCGGGGAAUCCUCGCCACCAUCUUAAGGGCUGUUCUAUUUCUCUAAACAGCUGAAGCGAACUUGGUGAGAUCAACCCUUGAGGGCUUAGUGAUCGAGUCAACAACGAUGGUCAUUCGCUCACUUGCCCUCGGAGAAUCCCCACCGCCAUCUUAAGGGCUGUUCCAUUUCUCUACACAGCUGAAGUGAACUUUGUUAGAUCGACCCUUGAGGGCUUAGUGAUCGAAUCAACAAUGAUGAUCACUUCAGAUAUAUCAAAUUCAUCCCACAAUGUAUUUCAGUGGUACACGAAAAAAUAAGUCUGAAUGAAGCUCAAACCCCUUGGCUGCUGUCUAUUUACCACCAAAGAAGAAGAAAAUGAAUUAAGGAGCCAGCACGGUGUUUGAAUGUUAUACCAAAUUGCCUUUCGAAUUGUAAAAUUUGUAAUUGUUGUUAAAAAUAGAAUAAAAUAGGAAAUUAGAGUGUCUGUGGCCGUUAUGGCAGAAAGUAUGGGAUUACGGGAGUGCCAAAAUUAAAAAAUAAAUGAAUAAAUAAAAGAUAAAAGUACAUUUUGUCAUUGUGAUUUUUAAAGUUUUAAGACUUUUAAAGUAAAAGUCGGGAAAAAAAACGGAAAAAUCUGACAAUUUGUCUUUUUUACUUUUUGUCAUUGAAAAACUAAAACGGAAAAAAUGGCAAUAUUUUUUUCUUUGCCUUUUCUAUUUCGCUUGUCAUUGUCUCUGCCUUUCUCUUUCUCAAUUGCACUUUGCUUUUACUAAUGUCAACUAAACUUUGUUUAAAUUUAUUUAAGCAAAAAAUCUGUCGACAAAUUAUAAGGUAAAGACAAAUAAUGAAUUGCGCGCAUAAAAUUUGAUACAAAAUUAAAAAUUCUGAUAAUUACCAGGUACCAACCUAUUGAAAUCAAGUGUAGAAUACAUCUCCGUCUUAAUUUGGAAUAGGCAGUAUAACGCCACCUCAACAACAUUCAUGACUGUCUGGCCUGUGAGUGAACGAGGGCAAGUGUUACCUCUUUCACUCCCCGUCCGCCCUUCAAGUGGCCUCAGUGUGACGUCAUAGCAAGGGCUGAGGGCAAGUGAGCAAAGGCCACUCAAACUGUUUUUGAAACGCAGCCCUGAUAUUGCCCCGGUAUACGUCUGCCAUCAAUGACUUGUACCGUUGGAGUCACGAAGCGUCAGCUUAGCAACCGUAACUAAGGGGAGGCGGCGCUUUUGCGAAAGGUCAAAUGCAGGAUACUGGGUCCAUAAGACGGACUAAUUUAAAAGCUGGGGCGGCACGGUGCUAGAGUGGUUAGCAUGUCCGCCUCACAGAUUGGAGAUCAAGGGUUCAAUCCUGUCCUUCUGUGUGGAGUUUGCAUGUUCUCCCCGUGCUUCCGUGGGUUUUCUCCUGGUACUCCGGUCCCCAAUACCAAAAACAUGCAUGGUAGGCUAAUGGAACUCGCAAUUAUCCCUAGGUAUUAUGUGUGCGCGAAUGUUGUUCAUCUCCUUGUGCCCUGCAAUUGGUUGUCAACCGAUUCAGGGUGGACCCAGCCUAUUGUCCACAGAGUUAGCUGGGAAUGGCUCCAGCACCCUCGUGAGGAUAAGCGGCUCAGAAAAUGAAUUCAUAAUUUACAAGCUUGUAUUUCAGAUGCUGCUACAAAAAUGUGAUAGUGGACUGAACCAGUCCUGUUAUUUCCAUUUUGCGUUCAACUUGAAAUUUCCCCAAAAGCCAAAACCCCUAAACAUGUGAGUCAUGUAUAAUAGAUUGACUUUAGACUGCACACAUGUACACUUUGUGCCUUGUGUUUGUGGGGCAGCCGACAUGCCACUGGAUAUCAACUCUACUGUGUUUUCGACUAAUCCUUCUUUCUGAACUGCUACUUUUCCUUUGCUUGGUAGUAAACACUCGAUCUAGGAGCACAAGCGUCCGACUGAAGGACUGCGGCAGAACGCUGUCGGAUAACUGGAAAUGUUUACGGAACUCUCAGCGCCCACUGCUGGCUACGAGCACGCACACGUUUUGAGAGAAAGACAUUGACUAAGUGGCGUUUAUCAGCCAUGUUGUGUGAGAAUUUUUGGAAGUGUUUCUAAAACGGUUUCAUUUUUUGCUCUGCUGACAAAAACAGUAUUAUUUAUUCAAAGUGUCCUCAAAUGAUCUGCUGUUUGUGCCAUUAUUUAUUUGUAAAUACUUUUUUGUACACUAUGUGCCAUUUUCAUCUUGUUUCCCCUAGCUGCAAAUUGUUUGUAUUUUAGAAUUAUGUAUAAUCAUUUUUCAGUAGGACGUCAAAUCCAUUGACGGUGAUAGACUUUGGGAGGGCUGCCAGUCAAAAUGGACUGGACGUCUAUUACCGUGAAUGGCAGCUAAUGUGUUAACAUGAAUGCCAAAUGUUUGUCCUGUCUGUCAAGCAGUGUUGUAAAUCCAGGCCAGGCUUUUACUUUUUUUCUUCAAUUUAAACUGAGGACAGGAAGUUUGUUGAAUUUUUCCUCCAACCAGACGUGAAAGACGACUAUUUUUGCACUGAUGGAAUAUUUACAGAACGACCCUUUAAUCUCAUCAACGUUGUUCUUCGGGCGACAUUUUGCAUUAGGUUUUCACCGCAGGCAAAUGUGAACAAAAACACACAGGAGGGUGCAUGUGUGACUUUUUAUUUUUGUAUUUUAAAAGGCCCGACUUAAUCCCCGGGCGUAUUUUAACAUAGAUUUUGGGACCCAAGGAGUUGAAAAUGCUCCCAACAUUCCACACUGAUCCACAUCACGUGUGCUUUUCUUCACAUUCUAAGGGCAUGUUAAAGGUAUUUUAAACAAACAGCAUGAUUUUUGAUAUACAAGCUUGCCAAGAACAAAUAAGUAAGCGUUAGUGAAUGUUGGGGCCGCCAUUUGAUACGCCGUCUUUCUUCAGUGAAACAAAACAUGCAUGUUGUUUACGUGUCAGCAGCCUGCGUGUCAUGUUCGCCACUUCUGUGUUCGACCACAUCCGUUUUGUACUAUUUUUCUUAUUAUGGGAAGGUCAACUUCGAAGGUCAUGAACAAAUAAAAGCUGCAUGCAGCCGUGCCAGGUCAA